AUGGGAGGCUACACCGACCAUAAGACACACCAGGGUGAAGCCACAGAGGCUGACAACUACUCUAGCGGCAAAUCCAACAUGGCAGAUGCCUCAUGGUUCCACGGUGGCGCAGAAGAACCACAUGAUACUUGGUCCAAGCUGGACGAGACCUUCGAUAACUUCGGGCAGAGGCUGGAGAGCAAGAUGAGUCAGGCUGGUUUACAGCAGCCAUGUGGUCACUCACCAUACAAACCGGAGAACAUCACACAGCAAAAACCCAAGGCCUUGGCAGUAAAGCAGGCCCCAAAAUGA